UUAGCCGGAGAGCGCGGCGAUGGAAGUGUGGAGGAAGUCGUUGUGGGAUUAAGAACAAAAUAAAAUAGUGAAAAUGCAUCGGAAGCGGUGUUUUAUUUAUUAAAGGCAGUUGGACGCAGCGUUGUAAUCGGUUGCAACAUUGUAACGUUCCGAUUGUGAUUGUCAAGUUACCGCAGCAACGAAUUCAGUGUGUGCUAACGGUCGUUCCUUUAUGUUUAAACGACCUAAAAAUAACAAUAUUGCUUUGCGUUAGUUUUGGGAUGACAUAGUUAUAUGGAUCUCAAAGCCGAUUAUAGCAUGUAAACAUUAGAAAGCGGCUGAAGUAAAACGCGAGCAUUUUGUAGCAUAUUUGCUAACAUGUGAGAGUUAGCAUGACAGAUGGUCUGUCAAAUUAUAAAACGGAGGACUUAAGAGCAACUUUAGCCGGUCUGCUUUUGCAUCCAUGUCUAAGCAGAUCAUGCUCUUAGCCCAGGUGAACCGGGACACCCAGGGCAUGGAGUUUCAAAGUGUGGAUGGGGACCCGCAGCAGGUCACCCUUUGCCUAACAGAGGCAGUAACAGUUGCAGAUGACAACUUGGAGGGUAUAGACACGGUGAGCUUGCAGGCUGUGACUCUGGUGGAUGGCUCCACAGCAUACAUCCAACAUAGCCCUAAAGUUUCUCUCACAGAAAACAAACUAAUGGAAGGACAAGUGAUUCAGCUGGAGGAUGGAUCCGCUGCUUAUGUCCAGCACCUACCAAUGUCUAAAUCAGGUGGAGAAGGAUUGAGAUUAGAAGAUGGGCAAGCUGUGCAACUGGAGGAUGGAACAACCGCUUACAUUCAUGCACCCAAAGAAACGUAUGAUCAGGGCGGCUUACAGGCUGUUCAGCUGGAGGAUGGCACCACUGCAUAUAUUCAACAUAUGCCUCCAUCCAACACCAUCUUGGCCAUCCAGGCAGAUGGUACUGUAGCAGACUUACAGACAGAGGGCACGAUUGAUGCUGAGACAAUUAGUGUGUUGGAGCAAUACUCUACAAAGAUGGAGGCCACAGAAUGUAGUGGGUUGCUUGGUCGAGGGGACUCCGAUGGUGUGCAUAUGCAGAUUGUGCUGCAGGGUCAAGACCGGUCACCUAGGAUCCAGCAUGUUGGGGAAAAGGCUUUCAGAUGUGAACAUGAGGGAUGUGGAAAACUCUACACUACUGCUCACCAUCUGAAGGUACACGAAAGAUCGCAUACAGGGGAUAAGCCAUACAUUUGUGAACAUUUGGGUUGUGGCAAAAAGUUUGCAACAGGGUAUGGUCUCAAGAGUCACGUCCGAACACACACUGGAGAGAAACCUUAUCGCUGUCAGGAGCUCAACUGUCUCAAGUCUUUCAAAACCUCUGGAGACUUACAAAAACACACAAGAACACAUACAGGCGAGAAACCAUUUAAAUGUCCAUUUGAAGGCUGUGGGAGAUCUUUCACUACAUCCAACAUUCGAAAAGUCCAUAUCCGUACUCACACAGGCGAGAGGCCAUACUACUGCUCUGAACCCAACUGUGGAAGGGCCUUUGCAAGUGCCACCAAUUACAAAAACCACAUGAGAAUUCACACAGGUGAGAAGCCUUACGUCUGCACUGUUCCUGGCUGUGACAAGCGUUUCACUGAAUACUCCAGCCUGUACAAGCACCAUGUAGUUCAUACUCCCUGCAAACCCUACAACUGUAAUCACUGCGGAAAGACGUAUAAGCAGAUUUCGACCUUAGCCAUGCAUAAACGCACAGCGCACAAUGACACCGAGCCCAUAGAAGAAGAACAAGAAGGUUAUUUUGAGCCCCCAGCAGAGGCUAUUGAUGACCCUGGGUUAAUGUACACUCCAACAGUGGUGGAAGAUGACUCUGGGUCUGAGCAGGUGUCAGGAUCAGAAGUCAUGGGACAGCAUGUGGCUCUCAUAUCUCAGGAUGGCACACAACAGGUUCUGUCUCAGGCAGAUAUGCAGGCUAUGGGAGGCACGAUUACCAUGGUAACACAAGAAGGAACCACCAUAACCAUCCCAGCACAUGAAGCGAUGCUUUCCUCAGGAGGACCACAUUCUGUUACUAUGGUGUCCGCAGACGGCACAGAAGGACAGGUGGCUAUUGUGACGCCCGAUCUGUCUGCGUACCAGACAGAAGAUGGGGAGCUUGUACAAGAUCAGGAGCAGCAUGUGGUUUCCACAAGCCCACACCCCGUCACACUGCUGGCUACUUCUAACGGCACACACAUAGCUGUGCAGCUCAGUGAUCAGCCCUCUCUAGAAGAAGCCAUCAGAAUAGCAUCAAGAAUACAGCAAGGAGAAACCCCAGGCAUGGACGAUUAACUCACAUUGUAAAACUUAUCACUGUGAACUAAACGUCUCAAGGGUGUGUGUGUGUGUGUAUGAAUGUAAGUCUGGGUAUUGAAAAUAUGUCAAGCAUCAUAGUUUUUCAUAAUGCUGACAUGAUAUGAUCGCUAUAUACCAAGAAGAUAUUUUUGUGUGGAUAUGUACAUAACUGUUUUAAAAGUAGAGUUUUUCUGUAUAUAUUUGAUUAUGCUAUUUUUUGCAAGCUGUUAAGAAAAGGUCUACAAUUAUGAUUAAAAAAAAAAAUCAUUGCAUUG